AUGGACGUGGUCGUGGACGUGGACGUGGAUGUGGAUGUGGACGUGGACGUGGACGUGGACAUUGACUUGGACGUGGACCUGGACGUGGACGUGGACGUGGACGUGGUUGUGGACGUGGACGUGGACGUGGACCUGGACGUGGACUUGGACGUGGACGUGAUCGUGGAUGUGGAGGUGGACGUGGACGUGGACGUGGUCGUGGACGUGGACGUGGUCGUGGACGUGGACGUGGACGUGGUCGUGGACGUGGACGUGGACAUGGAUGUGGACGUGGACGUGAUGGUGGACCUGGACGUGGACUUGGACGUGGACGUGAUCGUGGAUGUGGAUGUGGACGUGGACGUGGACGUGGACGUGGUCGUGGACGUGGACGUGGAUGUGGACGUGGUCGUGGACGUGGACGUGGACAUGGACGUGGACGUGGACGUGGUCGUGGACGUGGACGUGGACGUGGACGUGGACCUGGACAUGGACAUUGACGUGGACGUGGACGUGGACGUAGACGUGGACCUGGAUGUGGACCUGGACUUGGACUUGGACGUGGACGUGGACGUGGACUUGGACGUGGACGUGGACGUGGACGUGGACGUGGAUGUGGACCUGGACUUGGAGGUGGACGUGGACGUGGACGUGGACUUGGACGUGGACGUGGUCGUGGACGUGGAUGUGGAUGUGGACCUGGACGUGGACGUGGACGUGGACGUGAUCGUGGACGUGGACGUGGACGAGGACGUGAACAUGGACGUGGACGUGGACGUGGACGUGGUCGUGGACGUGGACGUGGACGUGGUCAUAGACGUGGACGUGGACAUGGACGUGGACGUGGUUGUGGACGUGGACGUGGACGUGGACCUGGACCUGGAUGUGGUCGUGGACGUGGACGUGGACGUGGACGUGGAGGACGUAGACGUGGACGUGGAGGAUGUGGACUUGGACGUGGACGUGAUCGUGGACGUGGACGUGGACUUGGACGUGGACGUGGACGUGGACGUGGACCUGGACGUGGACGUGGACGUGGACCUGGACGUGGACGUGGACGUGGACGUGGUCGUGGAUGUGGACGUGGACAUGGACGUGGACGUGGACGUGGUCGUGGACGUGGACGUGGACGUGGUGGACGUGGACGUGGACGUGGACGUGGACGUGGACCUGGACAUGGACGUGGACGUGGACAUGGACGUGGACGUAGACGUGGACCUGGAUGUGGACCUGGACUUGGACCUGGACGUGGACGUGGACCUGGACCUGGACCUGGACGUGGACGUGGACCUGGACAUGGACGUGGUCGAGGAUGUGGACGUGGACAUGGACGUGGACGUGGACAAGGUCGUGGACGUGGACGUGGAUGUGCACGUGGUGGCCGUGGACGUGGACGUGGACUUGGACGUGGACGUGGACGUAGACGUGGACGUGGACGUGGACGUGGACGUGGACGUGGACGUGGACAUGGACCUGGACGUGGACGUGGACGUUGACUUAGACGUGGACGUGGACGUGGACUUGGAUGUGGACGAGGACGUGGACGUGGAGGACGUGGACGUGGAGGACGUGGACGUGGAGGACGUGGACGUGGACGUGGAUGUGGACCUAGACCUGGACGUGGACGUGGACGUGGACUUGGACGUGGACGUGGACGUGGACAUGGUUGUGGACGUGGACGUGGACGUGGUCGUGGAUGUGGACGUGAACAUGGACGUGGUCGUGGACGUGGUCGUGGACGUGGACGUAGACUUGGACGUGGACGUGGACGUAGACGUGGACGUGGACCUGGACGUGGACGUGGACGUGGACCUGGACAUGGACGACGUGGACGUGGAGGACCUGGACGUGGAGGACGUGGACGUGGAUGUGGACGUGGACCUGGACGUCAAUGUGGACUUGGACGUGGACGUGGACGUGGUCGUGGACGUGGACGUGGACGUGGUUGUGGACGUGGACGUGGUCGUGGACGUGGACGUGGACGUGGCGUGGAUGUGGACGUAG